AUGUUAUUUCAAAUAAUCCAGGCGCUUGUCCUUUUGUCCAUCGUUAAGGCUGCCAAAGUCAGCAAUGUUUUUCAAAGCUUCGAUAGCCUCACUUGGCAAAAAGCAGGAAACUAUGUAUAUAAAACACCCGCAGCCCCUAGUUGGAUUGCUCAGUUGUCGUGGAAAAUUUUGGGCUCAAACGUUCAAGCCGGUGACUCAUUCACAUUGCAUAUGCCUUGUGUCUUUAAGUUCACCACUAAUUCGGCUGGUGUCAGUUUAGCUGUUGGCGAUACCGUGUAUGCUACAUGUAAUUUCGCUCCUGGUGAUUUGGUUGUUGCUUACUCUGAAUUGCAAUGUGUUGCAACAAGCAAUGUCAAAGCAAGCACUAAUGCUUAUGGUACAGUUAGUUUCCCAUUGACUUUUAAUACUGGUAGUUCCGCCAAUAAAGUUGACCUUGAGGCUUCAAAAUGCUUUACCGCAGGAAACAAUAGGGUCACUUUUACCGAUGGAGGGAAUCCUCUCAGCAUACAAGUCGAUUUUGAAGGCGGUUCAGGCAUUAAUUACCAAAUGGGAAUUGGAACCGAUUCCAUUGUUGUUUCCAAUCGUGUUGUUCCUACAUUAAAUAAGCAACAGUUGUAUCUUCUUGGAGGAAAUUGUUCGAAUGGCUACACUAGUGGUACCUUGGGCAUUUCAGUUACCUCUGGACUGAUUGAUUGUCUGACAGUUCAUGCUGCAAUCACUAACUUUGUCAAUGCUUGGUACUAUCCAACUUUGGCAUCGCCUUUUGAAUACACCAGUGAUUGCAACACUGAGAGGUUUACAAUUAACUACUCCAAUAUACCAGCAGGUUAUAGACCAUAUAUUGAUCUUCUUGUUCUGGUGGCCACGGGUAGUCCAUUAGGAACUGUUUUUACCAAUCAGUAUAGAUGCUCAAACAGACCAAACACUAUUGAUAGCUCGAUGGCGCUUACAUGGAGUCCAUAUAACAAUAACCAAAUCGGCUCCAAUGGUGAAGAGGUUGUUGUGACAACAAAGACUUAUUAUGGAUCAACAACUGCUGUAACCACUUUACCAUUCAGUUCUGGUAUUGAUAAGACAAAAACGAUUGUUGUUGAUGUGCCUAUUCCCACUACAACUGCAUUUGAAAAGAUUUGUGCUUCUAGUAAAUCUUUUGAGACCAUUAAAGCAACACCAGGUGCCACAGCUACAAUCAUUGAGUAUGUUCCAGAUGUGUCAUUGUGUCCUCUUCCCAGCUCGAGCAGUGAAGAAAUAUCAUCUAGUGAAGAGCCAACUUCAAGUCAGGAUUCUUCCUCGAGUGAAGAGCUAACUUCUAGUGAAGAGCCAACUCCAAGUCAGGAUUCUUUUUCGAGUGAACCGCCAUCUUCAAGCGAAGAACCAACUUCAAGCGAAGAGCCAACUUCAAGCGAAGAACCAACUUCAAGCGAAGAGCCAACUUCAAGCGAAGAACCAAUAUCAAGCGAAGAACCAACUUCAAGUGAAAAACCAACUUCAAGUGAAAAACCAACUUCAAGUGAGGAUUCUUCCUCGAGUGAACCGCCAUCUUCAAGUGAAAAACCAACAUCAAGUGAGGAGUUGUCCUCUAGUGAAGACACAACUUCAAGUGAGGAACCAUUCUCUACUGAUUAUUCUACUUCUAACGAAGAGAUAAUUUCCAGUGAGAAACCAACUUUGAACGAGGAACCAAGUUCAAGUGAGGAUUUGUCCUCAAGUGAAGAGCCAAUUUCUAGUGAAGACACAACUUCUAGUGAGGAACCAUUCUCUACUGAUUAUUCUACUUCUAACGAAGAGAUAAUAUCCAGUGAAGAGCCAACUUCGAGUGAGGAUUUGUCCUCCAGUGAAGAACCAGCUUCAAGCGAAGAACCAACUUCAAGCGAGGACUUUUCCUUUAGCAUAGGACCAGUGUCAAGUGAGGUAACAGUAUCAAGCGAGGUAACAGUGUCAAGUGAGGUAACAGUGUCAAGUGAGGAACCAGCUUCAAGCGAAGAACCAACUUCAAGCGAGGACUUUUCCUUUAGCAUAGGACCAGUGUCAAGUGAGGUCACAGUGUCAAGUGAGGAACCAGCUUCAAGCGAAGAACCAACUUCAAGCGAGGACUUUUCCUUUAGCAUAGGACCAGUGUCAAGUGAGGUCACAGUGUCAAGUGAGGAACCAGCUUCAAGCGAAGAACCAACUUCAAGCGAGGACUUUUCCUUUAGCAUAGGACCAGUGUCAAGUGAGGUCACAGUGUCAAGUGAGGUACCAGUGUCAAGCGAAGAACCAACUUCAAGCGAGGACUUUUCCUUUAGCAUAGGACCAGUUUCAAGUGUGGUAACAAUGUCAAGUGAGGAACCAACUUCAAGUAAAGAGCCAACUUCAAGUGAGGACUCUUCCUUUAGCAUAGGACCAGUGUCAAGUGAGGUAACAACUUCAAGUGAGGACUUUUCCUUUAGCAUAGGACCAGUUUCAAGUGAGGUCACAGUGUCAAGUGAGGUACCAACUUCAAAUGAAAAGCCAACGUCAAGCGAGAAACCAACUUCAAGUGAGGUAACAGUGUCAAGUGAAGAGCCAACUUUUAGCGAAGAAUUAACUUCAAGUGAGGAAACUACUUUUAGUGAGGAACCUAUUACGUGUGAUGAGUCUACUAAUUGCAAGGGGCCAACCUCUAGUGAGGAACCAACUUCAAGUAAAAAUAAUAAUAAUGUCGAUACUUCUCCUGACAAAAAAACAACUUGUAGUGGUGAGUCAACUACAAGUAAGGAAUCUAUUGUUUGUGAAGAUGCAACUAUUUGUGAAGAGCCAACCACAGUACAGAAUCCAACUUUAGAUACGGCAAGAACAACUUCAAGCUGUCAACCACCAGUUUCCUCUUUAUCGACUACAACAUCCCGUCAACACACCAAACCUGGUGCUAAAACUAGUGCUGACACCAAAACUACAACUACAACUAAAACUAAAACUACAACUACAACCAAACCUAGCACUAAAACUUUAGCUAAUGGUGCUAAACCUACUAAAGUACCAGGUGGCAAAAGUAGUGCUCCAUUGACUGCUAGUAAAAAGGGUGGAAAGGAAACUAUUUUGAAAUCCUUGACUGGUAGUAGUCUCAGUACCACCACCACUACUACUAUAUCAUUGCGUUCUGCAUCAAAGUCGGCUGUUUCUAGUAUUUCUACUGGGGCUUUUAUAGAUGUUGCUUCUGCUGCUGCUUCUAUAGAUGCUGUUUCUGCUGCUUCUUCUUCUUUUUCAAUUUCUUUUAUGCAGUUUACCAAAUGGACUGAUUUGUGGUUUGUGUCUAUGGUUGUUGUUGUUGUUGCUACUGUGUGUAUUUGA